CCUUGAGCCAUGCUCCUAAAGUACAAGUCCUAGCCAGGCCAUACCCGCUCUGGUAGCGCUGCGAGGAUUAUCAUGGUCUUGCGAAAGUGUAACAUCUGUGAUCGGCGUUUCAAGAAAACGGAGCAUUUCAAGCGCCACGAACGUUCCCAUACCAAAGAAAAGCCUUAUGAAUGUAGUAUUUGUCAUAAACGAUUUUCAAGGAGUGAUGUUCUGAGUCGCCAUGCCAAAGGGCACAAUCAACCGGCUACUGAUGCAGCCUAUAGCCCGGUUGCCUGUCUUUCUAGGCCGACCGAUCAACCUGUUGGUCAUCAGCCGUCCAUAAUCUCAAACGAGAAUCAAGACCAUAUUCCUGUCAUGAAUGCGGAGAAUGCCCGCGCGUUUCAGCACAGCGCUCGCGAUAUGUCAUUAUCUGCAGCCGACCUGCCAUCCUCAUCCCUGGACUUUCUUGCCAAUAUCUCUGCUCAUCAACCUCGCACCGAACCCGCAGUUGGUUCGAUGACAUCGAAUGAGCAGGUAGGUUACCUUGGCUGGAACGACGUACCGGUUACGGACCAGUCAUACUACAGAGAAACUGUGCUCGAACCGAUUCCUAAUGAUAUCCUGCAAUUCUGGCUGGAACCGCAGGCGGACUCAGUCUCCGGACAUGGGUCGAUAGAUGUGAGAGGGGAUUCUAACUUCGGCCUUUUGGGAGAGGGCACUACAGAACAACCGAGACCAUCCGUCGACAGUACCGGCUUGAGGUCAGGAGGGAAUAUACCAAAUGAGCGGUUUGCCCGGGUUCAGCGCUACUGGCUUGCUCCGUCCAACAACACUGGGCGACUCAUGAAUAGUAUAUGGCAUGACGUGGCCUACAGCGAUCUGGACAGCGUCUUCGCUUUCAGGUCCGUCCACCCAGCCAAUGGUCCAUCCGGCUGUCUGAAGGGGUCCAGAUAUGACAUCGACGAGGAAUGCAGGCAGCGUCUAUACACUAUGUUUGGUCAGGGUCGGCAGAGUCAUUCUCUGAUGCGUUCGUCUGAGAACACUGCAGUUUCACCGUUUACCCUUCAGCCCCGCAAUACCCCUAAUUUUCCCCCGGCUGAGGUUCUAGAUAUGGCACUUGAUCUAUUCUUCCGUGAUUUUCAUCCCCUGGUCCCUUUCAUUCAUCUCCCUACGUUUUCCGCAAAGGACACCCGUCCAUCUUUGCUCUACAGCAUGUGUUUGAUUGGGAUGGUUCUUUUGGAAACGAAGGGCACAGUAAACUUUGUCUUGCAGAAUUUUCCAUUUAUGCUCGAGAGUAUCACGGCUGAUCUAGCCAAGUGCUCUGUGGGGGUUGAAGGUCCUUUGUCUACCAUAUCUACGUUUGCAGCGGCCUUUCUAUUUCUUAAUCUGGCUGCCAUGACUGGGGAAAAGGAACACUUGGAAAAGUGUCAAAUGCUCUACGUUAACCUCAUCUCGAUCGCACAACGGCAUGGCCUGUUUGCAGCUACGGAGGGACAAGUCCUUGACAUGAACCUAUUCGAUGCAAUUCCUGAUGUCGAGGCACGGUGGAAAGCAUGGAGCAAGGUGGAGACGGUGAAACGACUCAUCACUGGGCUAUUACUGUUGGACACUUGGUACUCUUCUUUCAUGGCAACUAGCCCUAUUAUCGUACCGGAUACUACGCAGCUGAUAUUACCAUGCAACGAAGGGCUCUUUCGAGCCACGACUUCUGCCCGUUGGAUGCAGCUCAGUAACAGUGGAAAUCCACUACUUAUGCCUGCGAUCAUGAUGCCGUCAGAGAAUGUCGGCGUUCCCAACCUUGACAGCCCAAGGGACGAUUUCUGUAUAUAUGGGGUGCUGGCAAUGGUGCAGCUGAGACUUUCGGAAGCCUAUUAUCGUCUUCUUUCCAGUCGUGCCAGCUACCCCUUUGCACCGUGCAAUACCUAUGCUAUGGACGGUCGUGCCAGAUGUCUACCAUCUCUUCAGCUUCAGUUGUCGAGCAAAUACGGCGACGAGCUAGACAGGCUGAGCCCAAAUGCGUCCGUCAUGUGGCAUAAUAUGUGCAUGACGCUGACGGCAGACAUUCAGAUUUUUGACAUGGCAGCAGGACGUUCAGGACCGGCCCCUGCCCGGAAGGCACUAGAUGACAUUGCGGCAUGGUCGCAGACACCAGCUGCCAGAAGAGCAUGCCUGCAUGCAGCCCACAUCUACCGGGCCAUGACGAACCGCAAGGCGUCGGAUCAUACCAUGUUCCAUUCAGUGUUUUCUCUCUUCUCCGCAGCACUCGUCUUGGGUCUUUACGUCUUCAUGGUUCCCACUACUACCGAGGUGCAGGGCGGUGCUUCCAUCGAGCUCUUCGAUGACAUCAACUGGCAGAAGGUGGGCACGGAAGGGUUCACCAGCUUCAUGGAGCCUCAGGGCCAACCUUUGCCGCCGUCCGAGGAGCCAGCGUUGGAGUUCAUCCGACACGGCGGCACGGUGUACCUGCGCGGGGUUCCUAUCCAGGGCGGAUAUCAGCCCGCGCGACGCAUCUUGCUGGACUACGCAGGGCUGCUGAAAGAUGCGGGGAAAUGGAGCGUGCGAAAGUUUUCGUAUGUGCUGCAUAUUAUGAGUGAUGUGCUGAUGGAGGUGGAGUGAUGUGACCAACAUCUUUGCAACAUAUGAAUCACCGAAUCUUUGGCAUUCCAGCAGGCUGAGCCAGAUAUGACCAACAUAUGAUGGACAGGAUACCAGGCAGGAUGUAUCCAUAUGAUAAUGUACAAUAUUCGACUUAUUUCUUCACAACCAGACAGCCAGCUAAACCCACGACCGAUUCCUCACCCUCUCAUUCAACAUCUCCAAUUCCUCCUUGGACGCCAUCACACCCAACAUUCUCCCUCCAUCACCCUCCACCCUCUCACCUUGUCUUUCCCUCUCCUGAUCCCCCGCCAACACCACCCUCAACCCAUCCACCC